UCCCAGGAAAGGGCCCCUCGGGCUGUUAUUCAUCCACUUGUCUUAAGAGAGUACGCAUCUGUGGCUAGGUCUUCAUUAUGGUCUUAAAUGUGGGGCAUGUGGUGACCCCUUCAAAUCAACUAACGUACUAGUGAAGUGUGUGAAGGCAAAUGUGGGUCACAUCCGCCUUUUAGGGCUAGCCCAGGGCCACUUGGGAGGGGGAUGAAGUUACAGAGAAUUCCAGGGGAAAGUGGUCUUAGAGGCAGUGUCAUAAAUAGUAACUUUCCCCUGGGCUACACAACUUGCCGUGCCAACCACAGGGUGGAGCUGUUAAACUGAGUUACACCAAAGUGGGAGAGACAGCAAGGGCUUGAGAAGACUUGUGGGGGGGAGCAGAGCAGGGGAGGACCUUUAGCAAACCACCUCUAGGCACCCUUGGGGUGCUAAAGGAUUAGGUGCACUCUCCUGAGGGUGGAGACUUAGGAAGGAAGGAUGCGCCCCUGUGCACAGCAGGUACUGGUGGGGUGCACUGGUUGGGUCUUCAGUAGUCCUCUGAGGUAGGCAAGAGCUGUCCUUCCUCCCCUCAAUGCUACUAGGAUUGAAUUCAGGACCAUGGAACUAUAUCCUGCCUGCCACCCUUUCUCAAUUUUAAGGCAUGGUCUUGCUUGCUAAAUUAAUCCAAGUCAACCUUAAACACAUGAUGCUCCUGCCUCAGCCUGAAUAGCUGAGAUUACAGGUGUUCACAACCAUGUUCUGAAGUAGAACACACUUUAUAGAUGUGAAAACCUGGGCCCUGAGACUAUCUGGAAGUUAUAGGACAGCAAGCCAAUGUUGGGAUGCUCAGACCUAGACACAGGGUCAUGUGUCGAAAUGGGCACAACAGCACCACCCAGUUGUCCACUAUGGAGCUAGUUCUUAACCCAAGGUGUCAUCUAACAGCCUUAUGGUGGCCUUGGGAGUAGCACAGUUCUGGGAAGAGGGAAGGGAUUGGGCAUGGGCCUUCCUUGCAGGGCCAGAAUCAUGUGGGCUGGACUGGCUACCCUCACUGAACACUAAGGGAAGGGGUUAUCAUGGGCAGUAGCUGACUGGGUCCUGACCUUUCCCACAAAACACUAGCUUUUGAGGUCACUGCCUUGACAGGCUCUGAAGCCACAGUCAUAGCAAGGUAUGGGGAGCGGCACCAGAAGCACCAUGGAGCAGAGUACUGCCACCUCCGUGGGAGUUGAGGAUUAGAAAUGCAUCUCCUCCACGGGAGCCCAGGAUUAGAAAUGCCUAGGCCUUUAAUCCCAGCAUCCAGGAGGCAGACAGAUCUCUGAGUUUGAGGCCAGACUGGGUUACAGAGUUCCAGGACAACAGAGCUAUACAGAGAGACAUUGUCUCGAAAAAAACAAAACAAGAAGAGCUUCUGAAAGAAUCUAGUAACCAUUGAGCACAAUGUAAGAUACCUUUGAGACCAGCCUGUACCACAGCUUCCUUCCCAGCCGCUUGCAGGGUCUGGGAACACGGGAAGCAGGCUGCUGUGUCCAGGUUUGUCACCAGGGGCGCCAGAGCAGACGUUCUCGGUCUGCGAAGGUUAUCUGUAGCCUGCUUGACGUUAGCCGCUAGAGUUUUUGGCCAAUUGUGGAUUAGACUGCAGAAUGACUUGGGAAUUGGCUCCGCCCUCAGUCAAACGAGUCCUGCCUCCCUUGCCCGACCCCUGCGCAAGGCAUGCUGGUAGUCAUGGGCUGUGCGCAGGCCCACCGAGCUCAGGUUUAUUCCCGUAUUUUCUCCCAACUUCGGUACUUCCGGUAUAUCGGGGCCCCAGUGUGAGCUUCGGGAUCUUGGCCUGAUAGUCCCUGAGCCUAUGUAGAUGGACUAGACCCUGGCCUUCCCAGCUGAGCCGUCUGAUUCCACCCCGAGCUGGACAUGCACGGGAAGCUGCUGCUGCUGGCCGGCCUCUAUCUUGUGCAGGGUCUGCCCUACGGACUGCAGUCCAGCUUGCUGCCCAUUUUACUGCGGACCCAUGGCCUCUCCCUGACACGUGUGGGCCUGACUAAGGGAUUGUAUGCGCCAUGGCUGUUCAAACUGGCGUGGGCGCCACUGGUGGACAGGCGGGGCUCCCCUCGGGUCUGGUUAACACUCAGCACCGUGUCCCUGGGCCUAGUGUGUGGGCUCCUGACCGUGUUUCCUCCUCCGCAAGCUGGCCAGACAGGGCUCCCCACCAUCAUGAUGGGGCUGCUACUGCUGCUGAAUCUGGGUGCAGCAGUGCAGGAUGUAGCUCUAGACACGGUCGCUGUGCAACUCCUGGAGCCAAAGGAGCUGGGGCCUGGAAACACUGUACAGGUGGUGGCUUACAAGCUGGGAUCAGCACUGGCUGGGGGCAGGCUGUUGGUCCUCUUCCCCACUCUCUCUUGGCCACUGCUUUUUCUGCUCCUAGCUGCCACCUACUGGCUGGCUGCUGCUUUAGCCUGGGCUGCACCAGCCUUGGGACAGCUGCCUAGGCCUCAGGUCUCAGAGCAUACCCCCACCACAUCCUAUUUUCUACAAGAUUUGCUGGCUGUGCCUGGGACCCUCUGGACAGCAGGCUUUGUUCUCACCUACAAGCUAGGUGAGCAGGGUGCUGGCAGCCUGUUUCCUCUUCUCCUGUUGGACCAUGGUGUUUCUGCCUCAGACUUGGGGCUAUGGAGUGGCUUGGGCGCUAUGACCUGCUCCAUUGCUGGCUCCUCUCUGGGGGGGGCUCUACUGGCCAGGCACUGGCAGCCUCUCUCCCUGUUGAGGUCAGUGCUGCAGCUACGCCUUGGGAGUUUGGCCUGUCAGACUGUUCUGCUUUUCUACCUCAGUACCCCUGGGGCCAGUCUGGAGCCUGGUACAAUCAUGAGAGGGGCAGCAUUGCUGAGCCUGUGUCUACAGCAAUUUCUGGGCGGUGUGGUCACCACGGCCACAUUCACCGUGAUGAUGCACUGCAGCCAGAUGGCACCCAGAGCCCGGCAGGUGGCCACUUGGCCCAGCAUGCAGCCAAAGGGGGACACCUGUGCCCAGGAGACAAAGGAGUAUGUGGUCAGCAGCUCCAGAUCUUUGUCUUCAUCCUUAGCCUGAGGUGAGAUAUGCUUACCUGUGGGCCAGAGCUUGCAGCUGGGCACGGCCCCCAGGGCAGUGCAGACGGCAGUGGGCAUAGGUAUAAGGCAGCAGCUCCAGCCAAUGCCGAGGGUGUAGUUCCAGAUAGCACAGCAGAGUCUCAAUAGCUAGAGGCAAAGGAAGGCUCAGAGGCUGUUGAUAGUACCCCAUAUCUCCCUGUACCCCAUAUCUUCUUGGCUCCUUACCCUCCUCUGUCAUGUCCAGAGCCUGUACUGUAGACUGCACUGGGAGUGCCCGCUUAUGGCCUUGGCAGGCUGGACCCAAUACAGGGUCUGUUUGUUGGCCGUUGUGCCUCCGGGUGCAUGUACAGGGUGGGAAGACACGCUGCACCAGCUUCUUCACAGCCAGGAAGUCAGUGCCAUCAGCAUGGGCGUGUCUGCGCAGUUCCCAAAGGUCUUCGCCCUGCAUUGAGACAGUCAUAUGCAUACACUUUGGAGCUAGAGUGGCAGCGGCAAGAAAAAUAGGAUUGCAGUUGGGACCAAAGUGGCAUGGCAUAGGAACAGCGUAACUCCUGGGGAGAUGGGGUGCCAACCUGCGGCUGCAGGAACAGGUGACAAUGGGCGGGCUUCCCAUCACGUCCUGCACGACCAAUGGCUUGCACAUAGCUCUCGAAGUUUGGAGGCAGUCCCAAGUGUAGUACAGCCCGAACAUCUGGCCGGUCCAGCCCCAUCCCAAAGGCUACUGUGGCCACUACCACCCGCAGGUGGCCCUGCAUGAAGGCCUGCUGCACUCGUCGCCGUUCCUGGCUGCCCAUGCCAGCAUGGUAUGCUUCAGCUACAGCCUCAAGGCCGCAACCUUAGAGAAAGUGUACAAAUGGUUGAUGGGACCGAGCCGGCAUGCAGAAGGAAGGGUCCCUGGGGAACAAACCCUAAACAUGCCUACCUCCGGGCCUUGGAUCUCUCACCAUGGACAGGCAGGUCCGGAGGAGUGCAGCCACCCGUUCUGUAUCCUUUUGUCGAUGGCAGUAAAUGAUAAUAGAACCCAGGGCACGAAAACGGUCACCCUGCAGCAGUGUCACCAGAGCCUGGCAAUAAAGCGCGAUUAACAUGGCAGGUCGUGGGCUUCUGCUGGGCCCUUGGCAUACACAUAA